UGGAGCGAGGCGGGGGCUGGUGAGGAGGGGGUGACGCCGGACACGUCGGCAGCGCGAGGUUUCGCGCGUGAGCUGCGCGGGUCGGGCCUGGUACCGAGCUUUCCUGCGGGGCUAGCAGGUCGUGGACGCCGGCUCCUGGAGGAGCGCCAGGAGGGGGGAGGUGAAGGUGUCCGCGGCGUCGUCGACGGCGGCGCCGGCCAUGGAGGAGACGCAGCCGCCGCCGCAGCCCAAGCUGCCCUUGUGCGACAGCCUCAUGAUCUGGCUGCAGACAUUCAAUACUGCCUCACCUUGUCAAGAUGUCAAACAGCUGACUAGUGGAGUUGCCAUGGCACAAGUUCUUCAUCAAAUUGAUGCAGCUUGGUUUAAUGAAUCUUGGUUAAGCCGAAUUAAAGAGGAUGUUGGGGACAACUGGAGAAUAAAGGCCAGUAAUUUAAAGAAGGUUCUUCAAGGAAUUAUGAGUUAUUAUCAUGAGUUUUUGGGGCAGCAGAUUUCAGAAGCACUUGUCCCUGAUUUAAACCAAAUAACUGAAUGUUCAGAUCCAGUGGAGCUUGGGAGGUUGCUCCAGCUUAUUUUAGGUUGUGCGAUCAACUGUGAAAAGAAGCAAGAACAUAUUCAAAAUAUAAUGACACUGGAAGAGUCAGUUCAACAUGUGGUCAUGACUGCUAUUCAAGAGUUGAUGAGUAAAGAAAUAUUGAGCUUUCCUCUGAAUGAUGCUGUUGGAGAAUUGGAGCAACAGCUUAAAAAAGCCUUGGAAGAACUUCAGGAAGCACUAGCAGAAAAAGAAGAGCUGAGGCAAAGAUGUGAAGAAUUGGAUAUGCAGGUGACCACACUUCAAGAUGAAAAGAAUUCUCUGGUUUCUGAAAAUGAGAUGAUGAAUGAAAAACUUGACCAGUUGGAUGGCUCUUUUGAUGAUCCAAACACAGUGGUUGCAAAAAAGUAUUUUCAUGCACAGUUACAACUAGAACAAUUACAGGAAGAAAACUUCAGGCUUGAAGCUGCAAAAGAUGAUUACCGUGUUCACUGUGAAGAACUUGAAAAGCAGCUAAUCGAAUUCCAGCAUAGGAAUGAUGAACUGACUAGUCUUGUGGAAGAAACAAGAGCCCUGAAAGAUGAAAUAGAUGUUCUUAGGGCUACCUCUGAUAAAGCAAAUAAACUGGAGUCAACAGUUGAGAUAUAUCGUCAGAAGCUACAAGAUCUGAAUGACCUUCGCAAACAGGUGAAAACUUUACAGGAAACCAACAUGAUGUAUAUGCAUAAUACAGUCAGUUUAGAAGAAGAAUUAAAAAAAGCAAAUGCAGCACGUACACAAUUAGAAACAUACAAAAGGCAGGUUCAAGAUCUUCACGUUAAACUUUCCUCUGAAUCCAAAAGGGCAGACACACUAGCGUUUGAAAUGAAACGGCUUGAAGAAAAACACGAAGCUUUACUUAAGGAAAAAGAGAGACUAAUUGAGCAGCGUGAUACUUUGAAAGAAACGAAUGAAGAGCUUCGAUGUUCACAAGUACAACAGGACCACCUAAACCAAACAGGUGCAUCUGCUGCAAAAAGUUAUGAGAAUCUUGCUGCUGAGAUUAUGCCAGUGGAAUAUAGGGAGGUGUUUAUUCGACUGCAACAUGAAAAUAAGAUGCUUCGCUUACAGCAAGAAGGCUCUGAGAAUGAACGUAUUGAGGAACUUCAGGAGCAGCUAGAACAGAAACACCGUAAAAUGAAUGAACUGGAAACUGAGCAGAGGCUGAGCAAAGAGCGUAUUAGAGAAUUGCAGCAGCAGAUUGAGGACCUCCAGAAGUCUUUACAGGAACAAGGUUCCAAGUCUGAAGGCGAAAGUUCCAGCAAAUUAAAGCAGAAGUUGGAAGCUCAUAUGGAAAAACUCACAGAGGUCCAUGAAGAAUUACAGAAGAAACAAGAGCUCAUUGAAGAUCUUCAGCCAGAUAUAAAUCAAAAUGUACAAAAGAUCAAUGAACUUGAAACUGCUCUUCAGAAGAAAGAUGAAGAUAUGAAAGCAAUGGAGGAAAGAUAUAAAAUGUACUUGGAGAAAGCCAGAAAUGUAAUAAAAACUUUAGAUCCCAAGUUAAAUCCAGCAUCAGCUGAAAUAAUGCAACUAAGAAAACAGUUGGCAGAGAAAGAGAGAAGAAUUGAGAUUCUGGAGGUAAAACUUUUAUAUUUACUCAUCUCUUAAUUAUUUUAUAGAAUCCUGGUAAUUAACUGUUGUCAUAUAUUUGCCAUUAAUGAUGACGUUUUACAAGAAGUUAAAAAUGUCAUGUUUUAGCAUCCAGGGUGUUUAUUACAAAGCAUCUCACUGGCCACCCAGUAGAUGGUCUGUGUGUAGCUCAUAUACCCUGUUUAUAUGCAGCGUUGUAGCUCUCCUUGUCAAUAACGGGCAUUAUAUGGAUAUCCCUGACUUUCUAAUAGAGUCCUGCUAUAAUGUUUCUUUUUAAAUUAUGCAAAUAUGAUUUCAUUUGGUGGAUAAAAACCUGACCUUUACUGUCUAAAAAAGAUACUGUGCUGACUCAGUCAACCACAUUUUUCUUACCUUCAGCCGUUUCUCACCUGAACCUAAACAAACUUAUUAGUAGUGGAAUUUCUGGCAGAAGGAAGUACUCACAGAAUCCUAGUGAACUCCUGAACUAAAGUGGCAAUCUUAGUUAUUAAUCAUGCAAAAUUAUAUUAGUAAUGGCAUGCUCUCAUUAAUUAGCUGAGUCUAAAUUUUAAAGAUAUUUUAGUGUUAGUGGUUAUAUUAUUUUUAUGAUACUUAGGUAAGUAUGUCACUAUGGAAUUAUGUAUUCUUAGAUUUAUAAUUGAGCACGUUCUGGUUUCCUUUGCAAAGUGUUUUACAAAACUACUAUAUUUAAUACUGUAGUGAGAUUUGAUGCUAUUCUUGAAGUAAAUAUAUACUACCUUUCAAUAACAUAUGCAUAAUUGCAGAGCCAUGUUGAAUUCUACAUACUGGCCUUGAAAUUCUCAUAAAUGGUAUUCAGUUUCUUUUUUUUUUUUCUUUUGAUAUGGAGUCUUGCUCUGUCGCCCAGGCUGGGGUGCA